CAAAAAAACUGUAAAAUCAACGCCACCCCCAUCUUUUAUUGGGCUCAGUCUUCUAAUAAGUCUGAAAAUUUUCAAAACGAGUGAAAAAGAUCAAAUUUUUAUUGAAAUUAGAAAAAAAUAAAAAUAAAAAAGUCUACUCUCAUUCAAGAACCCAUGUCAGUAUUUAUCGGUAUAUGUAUCAGCUGCAAGGUUUUCUGCAAUUCUCUUGGUCGUGGCGAAUGCAGUUGAACAGUGGCGACCCAGAUGGAGCAAGUUUGAAGAAAAUGAAUUCCUGCUGUGUGUUUAUAUAUGUGUUUGUCUCUUAAUCGAGUGGAUCUUUUGUUAAUUUUUUUUUCUUGAUUAAGGAUAAGAUAAUUAGAUGGGUAGUAUAACGGACGCGACGAUUUUGCAUCAUGUCUGCGUUGUGCUGCUUUUGCUAUGGUGUCUCAAUUCAUUCGAAUGUUGCCAUCCCGUUGCGUAUUUCCUCUCUCUAAUAUAUCUCUAUCUGGUUCAUGAAGGGUAUGUGCUGAAAUUGAGAAAAAAGCUGCAGUUUGAGGAAAAAAGAGAGUCUAAUCAAAGACGGGUGCUUUCGGAAUCGGAGACUGUUAGAUGGCUGAACCAUGCAGUUGAGAAGAUCUGGCUUAUCUGCAUAGAGGAGAUAGUUUCUCAGAAGAUUCUUCUCCCUAUAUUCCCAUGGUUCUUGAAAAAAUAUAAGCCUUGGACAGUGAAAGACGUUGAGCUUCAGCAUCUUUACUUAGGAAGAUCACCACCUAUAAUUACUGAUAUGAGGGUUGUUCAACACUCUAAUGGCGAUGAUCACUUGGUUCUUGAAUUGGGGAUGAAUUUUCGUACCGCGGAUGAUAUGAGUGCGAUUCUUGGUGUAAAACUUAGGAAAAGACUCGGUUUUGGAAUGUGGGCCAAGUUGCAUUUGUUGGGCAUGCAUGUUGAAGGGAAGGUGUUGGUUGGGGUUAAGUUCAUCCGUAGCUGGCCUUUUAUUAGUCGUUUGCGCGUAUGCUUUGCUGGGCCUCCUUAUUUUCAAAUGACUGUGAAGCCUAUAUUCACGCACGGCCUUGAUGUAACUGAACUUCCCGGCAUUGCUGGCUGGAUAGAUAAUCUUCUGGCGCUCGUGUUUGAGCAAACUCUAGUGGAGGUGAGAUUCUGUGCUUCUGUGGUUUCAACAGUUGAGAAGUAUAGAGAUAGAAGCAAUCCUAAUAUGCUUGUGGUUGACGUCGUAAAGUUCGCCUCACCCCAACCAGAAAAUUGGUUCUCAGUUGAUGCGAAAGAUCCUAUUGCGCAUGCUAUUGUAGAGGUUCUUGAAGCUACUGAGAUGAAGCCAUCAGACUUGAAUGGAUUGGCUGAUCCAUACGUGAAGGGUCAAUUAGGACCUUACAGAUUUCGGACAAAGACCCAGAAGAAAACCUUAGCUCCAAAAUGGCGUGAGGAAUUCAAAAUCCCCAUCUGCUCGUGGGAAUCGGACAACAUUCUCGUCAUUGAAGUUCGUGAUAAGGACCGCAUAUUUGAUGACACAAUGGGAGAUUGUUGUGUGAACAUUAACGAACUUCGGGACGGGCAGAGGCAUGACAUGUGGCUGCCCCUUCAGAACAUUAAGAUGGGAAGAUUGCAUCUUGCGGUGACUGUAUCUGAAGGAACUGCAAAGGUUGUAGAAGCUCCACCUGAAGCAGAAAUACUCGAAGAAGACAACCUUAGAAGAAGAACCUCUUUCACCGAUGAUUCUUCCCCACGAAAAGACUCGUUUUCACGCGAACCAUCUGGAAAAUCCUCACAAAAAUCCUUACAAGUUGCUGAUAAAUUCGAGCCCAUCGAUAUCGAGGGACAAUCGGACACGGGGCUUUGGAUCCACCACCCGGGCAGUGAGGUGGCACAAGUGUGGGAACCCAGAAAAGGAAAAAACCGGGCCCACCACCAAAACGGGCUCAUUCAAGGCGAGAUGUGCGAAAACGAUGGCACCACGAGCACCGAUGAGAGCACCGAGCCCGUUAAAUCGCCUUCGAAAGUCCGGAGAGGCUUGAGAAAAAUCUCGUCGGUUUUCCACAGAGGCCCGAGGGACGAUGACAAGUCAUCGGGCCCGGGCCCGAUUGGUUUGGUGGAGGAGUCCCCACGUGAAAAUAUAAGGGCUUCGAAUUCGAAAGAGGUUGGGGUGAGGUGGAUAAUGGACGAAUCUAUUAUGUCGAAAGUUGAAGAGAGUGAGGUGGAUGGAGGGAAUGGCCCGGGAAGCCCGCGUGGCAAUGUGAAGGGUGUGGCGAAGAGUAUUUUGAAACAGGCUGGAAAAUCGGCAAGGAGCUUGAAAAGCGUGCUUUCGAGAAAGUCGAGGGCUGGAGGAGAUAAAGAGGCUUUUCCGAAUGGGGAGUCUUCGGAAGAUGACGAAGAAGAAGAUUCUCUUUCGUCAGUGUCUGGUGGGCCCGAUUUGGUUGUUCCGGGCUUGGCUGUAACUAAUGAGAGUAAAUCGGUAAAGUCGAGCGAUGGUUUUGUUCAGACAGAAGCGAGCACUUCCGGUAAGGAGUCUUCGAAAUCGACAGAUAAUCAUGUGGUGGGUCCAAGUCCAACCGGUACAAAAUCAUGUGAUGAUAUGUAAAGCUAUUAUACGGGG